AUGUCUUGCCCAACUAUCACUCAAUCCACUUUCUGUCAUAACAACAACAACAACACCAACAGUACUAACAGCACCAACAGUACAGUUUGUCACUGUCAUAAUAAAACGCCAAUGUACAAGCGCUUGGCUCAACGGAUCACAGGUCCUAAAGCUGAUCCACGCACAACUGCUAUUUCUUCAGAUGUGAUUCUUGCAAUUCUUGCCAAGUUUGUUCCUCCUAUUCCUGUUUACAUUAAGCGUGGUGUAUCUGCCGAUUUGGCCAUCAACGUUGCUUUGACAGUUCUUGGUGGGUUCCCUGGUAUUGUCCAUGCAUGGUACCUGAUUCUUAAAAACCCAGAAGAAGUUGAGACUAAAGAUAAGAAAGAAGAAGAUGGAAAAGCAGAAACAGUUACAGAAGAAGUUACUGAAGCAGUAACAGAAAAGCCCAUAGAAACACCAGAGUAUGAACCUCCAGUGAUUGUGGAUGAAAAACAAGCUCUUAAGGAACAAGAAGAACUUGAAGAAUCUCAAAAAGACAAAUAA